AUGAAGGAGUACCUGUUCCAGCGCUUACUGACCCUCACCAUUGCCCUCAGUGGGCUGGCAGGAAACACGGUUGUGCUGUGGCUCCUGGACUUCUGCCUGUGGAGGAAUCCUUUUUCCAUCUACAACCUCAACCUGGCGGGGGCUGACUUCCUAUACCUCUGCUCCUUAACUGUACCUUCCCUGAUGGAUCUCAUCGACUUCUUCCACACCAACUUCAUCUCCAUCUCCGACUUCUUCGACACCGUGAUAGUGUUUGCCUACAUCGUGGGCAUGAGCAUUCUCAGCCCCGACACUGAGCGCCUGUCUGUCCUGUGCCCCAUCUGGUACUGUGGGUAUUUGGUGUCAUAUGAUUUCUGCCUUGCUGUGUGGCUGAUUUUCCUAUUUGUGACUCUCUCUGGAUCUAGCCUGUCUCUGCUGGUGAAGAUGUUCUAUGGCUCCCAGAGGAAGACGCUGACCAGGCUCUAUGUGACUGUAGUGAUCACAGUGUUGGUCUUCCUCCUCUGUGGCCUGCCUUGCAUUCAUUGGUUCCUAUUAUUCUGGAUUCAGAGUUAUUUUGAUAUGUUACCUUCUCCCUGACUUGUGCUUCUCUCCUGUGUUAACAGCUGUGCCAACCCCAUCAUUUACUUCUUUGUUGGUUCCUUUAGACAGCGAGGGCAGUGGUGGCAGCUGCCACAGAGCCUUAGGAUGGUUCUCCAGAAAGCUCUGUAGGACACUCCUGAGGUAGAUGAACCUGGAGGAAGCCUCACUCAAGAAACAAUGGAAAUGUCAGGGGCCAGUGCAGUGGAAUGCUUGAGAGGUUCUGCUUUUUCAGAUAGAUAUGGCUUUGGAAACAACUUUGCCCCUAUCACCUUGAGAGAUUUUAUUCUCUUAGCCUUAUGCCUCUGCUCUUAA